AACACCAAACCUGAUUGGAAUAGAGUUUUGUUUGCCGAGUUUUUUUGUGUGUGGUAUCCGAUGCGUUUUGAUAUUUGUGUUCAGUGUUCUGCAUUGAGGUCGUGACCCAGUUGGAGCCUGGUGUUUUAAGUGAAUUGUUUGUGUUUACCUGUAUGUAAGGAGAAUUGACCAGUCUCACAGUUCGAUGGAGACAAAGCGCUAGAGAGAAGGAUUAGUCUCAUUGAUUCUGUCACUCUGUCACUGAGGUUCGCUUGAAGAGCAGGACAUAGUGGACAACACGGAGAGGAGUGGGUAGACGGAAGAUCCUUGGUGGGCAAGGAUGGGAUUCGGAAGCAUGGGUCCAGAACACCAAACGCUAGAGACACAGAUGGGCAGCAAUUCUGCCACCAUGGACCUUAACCUGCAGGUGUGCCACGCUGAAGAUGUCUUGCAAAAUCUAAACACUUUUCGUAAAAGCAGAUUGUUUACUGAUGUUGUACUUCGUAUUGACGGUCAAGAGUUCCAUUGCCAUCGAGCCACUCUGUCCGCCAGCAGUACCUACUUCAGGACAAUGUUCAGCACUGAUUUCCAGGAGAGCAAACAGGACACUGUUGACAUCAAAGGGAUCUCAGCUGAUACCAUGGAUUGUGUGAUAGAUUAUAUGUACGGAGGAAGGGGGAACAUCCGAGAGGACAAUGUUCUGAGUCUGCUGGAAGCCUCUGACCUCUUCCAGGUGUCCGUGCUCCGACAAGGCUGUGUGGAGUUCUUGGAGAAGCAGCUGGACCCUUGCAACUGCCUUGGCUUCUUGAACUUUGCCAACCUCUUUGCCAUCCAGGCACUGUCCGAGAAAAGCAAGCGGUUCCUGCUGGAGCACUUUCCAGAGGUGAUCCAGCAUGAGGAGUUUUUACAACUGCCCAAGGAAGUCCUGUGUGAUCAGCUGUCCAGUGACCUCCUCGCCAUUCCCAAGGAGGAGAUGGUCUUUGAAGCGGUGAUGCACUGGGUUCGCCAUGAGCUGCCCACCAGAAGACAUGCGCUGAAAGAGCUUUUGGAGCACGUUCGAAUUCCCUUACUGGAUCGGAUAUACUUUGUUGAGAAAGUAGAAACGGAUGAGCUGAUCCUGAGCUCGAAGGAGUGUUUACCUUUGCUGCAAGAGGCACGGAGGUAUCACAUCUUUGGUAAUGAGAUAGUGUCUCCGAGGACAAGACCACGGAAAUUCACGAAUGUUGCAGAGGUGAUCGUCAUGCUGGGAGGCUGUGACCGGAAGGGUCACACAAUGUUGCCCUACACCGAACAGUACAAUCCUGGGACGGGCGAAUGGUCCCCUCUGGCCAAGAUCCCAGACUACUCCAAGUCAGAGUAUGCCGUGUGCACCUUCAAGAAUGACAUCUUUCUUUCAGGUGGGAACUUGUACAGUAAUGACGUGUGGAUGUAUAACUCUCAGCUCAACCUCUGGGUCAGAGUGGCUUCUUUAAAUAAAGGAAGAUGGAGGCACAGGAUGGUGGCACUGCAAGGCAAGCUCUACGCUGUGGGUGGUUUCAAUGGUUUCAGCAGGAUGUCCAGCGUUGAAUGUUACGAUCCCAACUCGAACAGCUGGUCGUUCACUGCACCUCUGUUGGAAUCUGUGAGCUCAGCAGCAGUUGUUGCCUGCUUAGGCAAGCUGUACGUGAUAGGAGGUGCACUCACCAACCAACUGAACUCCAAUAAGGUCCAGUGUUAUGACCCAGUGAAAGAUGACUGGACGUUUGCAGCUUCAAGUCCAUUUGCUCAACGUUGCAUCAAUGCAGUCACCGUAAACAACAUGAUUUAUAUUAUGGGAGGUCUCAUGGAGAACAUGUACAAGUACAACCCAAUAAACAACUAUUGGACAGUGAUGGACAAUACUCCAGGACCUCUGGAGAACUGCGGGCUGACGGUUUGCAAUGGAAUGGUUUACAUUCUCGGUGGCAAGGACAACAUGGCGGAAGGCACAGACAGAGUCUUCUGCAUCGAUCCUGCCUCAGACCAACUAACCCUCGUCUCCACCAUGCCAAGGUGUGCCAGUUACCAUGGGUGUGUCACUAUCCACCAGCGGGUGAGAAGACUUGUUCACAGUCUCAUAACAUGACUGAUAUUUCAUGUUGGACUUAAUAUCCUUGCACUUAUCAUUUAUUCUAAAACCUUCUGUUACAUACAGAGCUGCCCCCAAGAUUUGGGUUGGUUUGUCAGAAAUUGAAAGAUUUUAAUGUAUGAGUGAAUAGCCUGUUGAACUAAUAUCUGUUAAACUACUGACCAAUCACUGACCAGUACAGAACCCAACUUCUCUGCUUUACCUCAUCAUUGACUGUAUCUGACCCCCAACUCCUCCCCCUUCCCUAUUACUGACCAGUAAUGACCCCUACGCCUCAUUCCCCUGCCCUAUUACUGACCAGUAAUGACCCCCACACCUCCUUCCCCACCCCAUUACUGACUGGUACUGAGUCUAACGCCUCCCCUUGUCCUAUCAUUGAUGGGCUGAUAGGUCGUGAAUUUUCCAAUGAUUAGACAGUGCUGCAUAUUUGGAAGGAGUCAAUGACCUUUACUCAGCACGAGGUGAGGUGAGAGUGACAGUCCUUAUCAUCAUGGAGCCUCAGCAAAACUAGACUCAGUGUGAAUCAGGGGGAAUAUUUUCCACUGGUUGGAGUCGUACCUGACAUGUAGGAAGAUGGUUGUGGUGCUUGGAGGUCAGUCUUCUCAGCUCCAGGACAUCUCUGCAAGAGUUCUUCAGGGUAGUGUCUCAGGCCCAACCAUCAUCAAUAAACUUCCCCCCAUCAUAAGGUCAGGAGUGAGGAUGUUCACUGAUGAUUGCACAAUGUUCAGCACCAUUUGCAACUCCUCAG